AUGGAGGCCGCACCGAUGCUCAGUAAGGCUCUAACACAGCAUCGCGACAGCGAGCUCGCAAUCUUGGGCUAUACCAAUUUGGUUGUCGUUCCAGCCGCUUUUGGCCAUGUAUUAUUUGCGCGAGCUAGCGUUAGCUCUUUUGAACGAAACGUAAAUCGCAAACCACAAAACGAGUAUAUCGAACGCUUCCAGCGUGAGCAUGGCAAACGCUUCGAUCAUGAAGAGAGAGUCCGCAAACGAGCCGCUCGCGAAACGCACAAAAUCUCCAAAGAUUCCCAGAAACUUACUGGCCUACGAGCCAAGCUCUACCAAAAGACCCGGCACCAACAGAAGAUACAGAUGAAAAAAUCGAUAAAGGCACACGAAGAGAAAAAUGUCAAGUCCUCUGGCCCGCCGGAAACACCCAACACCGCAAUCCCACAGUACCUGUUAGACAGAGGCAAUGAGAAUAAUGCGAAAGCACUCAGCAGCGCAAUCAAGAACAAGAGGAAUGAGAAAGCUGCCAAAUUCAGUGUACCGCUACCGAAGGUGAAGGGCAUCAGUGAAGAGGAGAUGUUCAAGGUGGUCAAGACGGGGUCAAAGACGAAGAAGAAGAGUUGGAAGAGGAUGAUUACAAAACCCACUUUCGGUGAGGCUUCUUCCCCAGCUGAACAGUCUGCACUGGGAUUGGAACAUGCUAACAAGUCUAUGUAG